AAUAUUGUAUUUCUUCUAUGAUCCUUGAAGAGAAAGUAAUAGAAUUGUUUGAUUUUUUUCUCUGAAUGUGCUUGAGCAACAAUACAAUGUGGAAGCUACAACAGAGACAGGAUGAAAAUUAUUUAUAUAAACAUAUAUGAAGCUGAUAAUAUUGUUUUAGAUUCAGUGCUAUAUGAAAUUCCUAGGAUGAUGAAUUUAAUUACUUAUUAAUGGGUAGUGCUGCUUCAAAGCGGUCUGACAGCUCUGAAUUUGAUAUCUUGAAGUGAUAGGUUUGGAUGUUAUCCACAUUCAGCUUCCUGAAGUUGCCGCACUUUCUGGUGACAAAAUACUUGCCCCAAUUGUAUGCCCUGUAUCUGGCAGGCAGGAUUCUGCUCGCUGGUCAGCUCCUCCACGGGCUUCCAUAUUCUCAUAUCUAUCAUUGCUCCACACCUGCAAUAUAAACAUCAUUCAACCAGACUACUUGAGUAACAGCUGAUUUCCUCCUCACUUCUAGCCCUCCGACAUCAUCCUGAGCAAGAACAGUAAGGGCACCAGCAUCUUUGUGUUGGCUAAUACCAAGAGCAAGGUGAGGAACAUGGGAGGUGGGUGGUGAUUGAAUCUAAUGAAGCUGGUUUGGUCUUUGAAGAAGCCAUUGAACCUAUCUGCUAGCAAGCCUAGGCUCAAGGCAAUAAGUUCCAUCAAUUUUUAAGCUUGUUUCUUCAAUUCCUUUGCAUAUUCUUCACAUGCCUCUCUGCAAUGACAUAAAUCAAGCUUUUCCAAGAUGACCUUCUAUUCUAUGUUUCAAUAUUCCUAACUCUUAAUUAAAUAAUUAUCUGAGG